UUUUAAAUGCGGUUGCAACCGCAGCCGACUGAAAGAAAAAUAAGGCAAAGAAACAGAAGAUGACUACCCCGCAACUGUCCUACGAGGAUUUCAUCGUGGCUCGAAGCCGAACAAAUCCCUGCAUCAGUGGCCUGGCUCGGUACGUUAAGCAGCCGCCGUUCGCCAGUGCCAGCAGACUUGUCGUCGUCGAUUACCCCGCAAACGAAAACAAACCCCCGACCCCGCAGGAAAUUACAGCACCCGAGCUCACUAAGCUACUGACCUGGCCAAACUUGUCUACAAUCGGAUCGCGCCCUCAAAUGCGUGUCGUUCUCGUCGAAAACAUCCAGCCUCAAGCGCUAAUCAUCCUUGGCCAGAUCCUCGAGGUGGACCCGGUGUUUUUCGCAGGCCACAUUAACACAGACUUUCAAGACAUCGAAAAAGCGCCCCUUCCGCCCUCCCUUGCCUUUUUUCCAUCGCAACUUGCCGAAAAGGGGUUUUUGAUGAGCGACGGCUCGUGGAUUUGCCUCAUUCUAGUUGAUCCCCCAAUCAAUUCGGUCAUCGCCACUGUAAAUGCGGGAAACAUAACAAAGCAUACGAGCAAGCCUCUACAUGGUGGCUUCGAAGACUUCGUACAGCCGGCACCCUUCUCAUCCUUCGAAGCGGCCACCGGAAACAUCGAUCGUAAUUUGCAGGAUCCUCCCCACCAAAGGUCCAUGCUCGGCAGCCUCGUCCACUACUUCGUCAACCACCGCCGGCUGCAGGGGUUUUCCGCCAAUGCCAUGCCAUCGAACAUCCUUACAAUGGGCUACUACCCGAUCCGUAUCGCGCUGGCCGAAUGGGUUCUCUACACUCACCUGGCCAGCCGAUAUGUCAAAUUUUACGAGUAUACCCUGCGGGACGUCCACAUUCGGCUGCACGACAGCGACAUUGUCGAUCUCCAGCGCUGGCGGCGACGGUGCAAGCAGAGCCAACACAAAUUGGCCCUUCUCGUCGAGUUCGUCCACCACUGGCUUCCUCACAAGCAGCAAAAGCAGCGGCUAGGGGACGACAGUGAUAUCGACAAGCAGCAGCAGCCUUGGGACCUGGUUCUUAAAGAUAUCGGCUUUUUGCAAUCGCAGCUUAGGGACCAUAGCCACUCGCUGGAACAAAUGAUCCCUGUGGCGACGGCUAUGGUACAGCUGCUCGACUCGCGGCAGUCGAUCGCCCAGUCGGCCAACGUCACGCGACUAACCUACAUCGCCCUCGUUUUCGUGCCGCUGUCCUGGGUCGCGGGCCUGUUCAGCAUGUCUGAAAGGUACUCGCCAGGCGGGAACGGCGAAUUCUGGGUGUACUGGGCCACGGCGUUGCCGCUGCUCCUGGUGGUACUGCUUCUGUCCGCUUUCUCGCGGAUGCAAAGGCCGCUGGAAAGCCUUAAUAACUUGUGGGAGCGCUUUGAAAGAUAGAUGUUAGGGCGCGAGCUGGGGAUGAGCCGGAGUUGGCGAACAUUUGACGCAUCCAAGCAACUGUAUUUACGCCAGCCCAGAUCGACCCGCCGUAUCCACGAUGGUGCAGAAGGGCCAGUCUUGCGGAUACAGCCGUCCAUCGGCCGCGCUCGAU